UUACAUCACAUGGACUAAAUGAAAUGUCAUAAUUACUACAGUCGAUAGAGGUUUGGUUGGUCUAAUUUUUCUCAAAUAUUUUUCAAUUAAAAUAUCGUUUGCAAAGAGAUAGUGCUCAAGAAACAGUACAGCUUAAUCAGGCCAGAUCCUUGAGGUAUAUUGAUAUCAUAUGACGCAUAUAUUUAACUCAGUUAUUUUAUGAUCUUCAAUCUCAGGAGUAUGAGACUACAUAUUUGCCUACUGGCAGUGAUUCUUUGUAUGCUACAGAGACCAUUAGCUGCUUCGAAACAUUUUGAAGACGACGAUUUUGCCGAAUUUGAAGAUUUUGAUGACGAAGAGUUUGUAGGGGGGAAUACUGCCAAUGGUAAUUCUCGGCAGGGUGAAAAUGCUAAUUCGGUGAACCUAAACGUUGAUAGCAAGAAAGAUAACGCAUAUGAAGAUGAUUCUAACGAUUUCGCUGAGAUCGAUGAUAACGACGAUGAUGAAGCAGUAGUGGAAGACGAAGAAAAUGAUUUCGAACAUUUUCAAGAUGAAGAAGAAUUUGAAGGAUUUCCCGGCGCAACAAACGAUGAAGAUAUCAGAAUAAACGAUGCUAGGAGAUCCGAACCGAAAUUGACGAUGGCUAAGGUACCUAUGCACUUCAGAACCCAUUGGGACUCUUACUGGAUGGAAAUGUUGAUGCUUGCUGGACUUCUAGCAUAUUUUGCCAAUUACCUGCUUGGAAAUCGUAAAAACUCAUCCAUAGCAAAUUUGUGGCUAUCAACUCACAAAAGUUUGUUGGAGGACAAUUUUGUCCUGCUGGGGGAUGAUGGCAAAAAAGAAACAGAGGGAUCAACUAUGAGCUUCAUCAAAGAAAGUGAAAGUAUUUACACACUUUGGUGCAGUGGGCGCACAUGUUGCGAAGGUAUGUUGGUCGAGCUGAAGAUGAUCAAACGACAAGAUCUUGUUUCGUUAAUCGCCGGUAUUAUGAAACCUGCCCAAGAUCAGCUCCACAUAAAAACGGAAAUGUCUGCAGAUUCAAUGGAUAACUUCGUUUUUUGUGUUGCAACCAAAAAGCAAGCUACAAAAAUGUUCAAGGAACUCAACGAUCUGAGCAAAUUUUGCACUCUAGUCAAUAAAACUGAGGAAAAGUACGACAUCCCAGGGUACUUUUUAUUAUCCGAGAUUGCGGAAGCAUCUUCUAGUUUGUUAGAUAGUAGAUUGGUGGCAGCUUUAAACAAGUAUUCACACUUGAUAGAAUAUAUACACGUCUCGGAUCAGUACAGUGGGCCGAUCCAACAGGAAGAUCAAAAUACUCUGAAGCAACCAGAAGUGAAACAUAUUCUGCAUUGCGGUUUCAAUAUGCCUGCAAAGAUCAAUAUGGAGGAAAUGCAACCACUGCUAGUCCUAGUGUUUUAUUUGAUGGAACGUUUGAAACGAUUCCGUCUAUCCAAAGAGGGUAAAGCUAAAUCGGAUAAAAAUCGUGCUCGCGUCGAGGAGGAAUUCAUGAAGAAUACUCAUGCCGCUCGUGCAGAGGCCGCUGCCCAACGUCGGGAAGAAAAACGUAAGGCUGAAAAGGAGAAGGUUCUCGCAAAUGAAGAUCCCGAAAAGCAGAGACGCUGGGAAGAGAAGGAGAGAAAACGCCUCGAGAAAAAACGCCCAAAAAUGAAGCAACUUUCAAUCAAGGCCCUCUAAGGUGUUUAUUCAGUAUCAUUCAGCAACGCCUAGAUGCGGAAGUGAAAAACCAUAUGUACUCUUGUUUUUAUAUCAGAAUCAACUAAACAUAAUUAUUUUCACACAACAAUCAUUUUUUGCCAAAAUCAUACAAUAAAAUUUCAGAUUGAAAUAGUCGGUACAA